GAUUGAAGGGCGAGAAUCCGCCAGGAAAGUUCCUCAUUCAUUGUCGCUCAGUAUCACUAGAUCAAUCAUUUUUACGUAAAUUUGAAACGAAACAGUGAGAUAUUAAGAUAGCCUGCUCUAUAAAAAGGCCACCAGGUGUAAUGUAGUUCAUAUGCACAAGCGAAAAUUGAAGAGGAAUAAGAGGCUAAGUGAGAGAGACUCUGAGACUGAGAGUGAUAAUCGACAGAUAGAAAUGGAGAUAGAGGAAGUUGGGAGCUAUGAUCAGGCACUGCCUCUGCUCUCUUUGAAUCAUGUCUCCUUGUUGUGCAGAUCUGUGUGGGACUCUCUGCGGUUCUACGAAGAUGUGUUGGGCUUUUGCCUCAUCAAACGCCCAUCUUCUUUCGAUUUCAAUGGAGCUUGGUUGUUCAACUAUGGCUUUGGGAUACACUUGUUGGAGAAUCCAUCUGACGAUGACUCAUAUACCAUUCAUCAAUCCAGACCCAUUAAUCCAAAGGAUAACCAUAUCUCCUUCCAAUGCACUGAUGUUGGGCUUGUGAAAAAGAGGCUGCAAGAAAUGGGGAUCAAGUAUGUGACAGCAGUGGUCAAGGACGAAGGAAACACUGUGGAUCAAGUGUUCUUCCAUGACCCAGAUGGUUAUAUGAUCGAGCUUUGCAACUGCGAGAACAUUCCAGUCAUCCCCAUCUCGUCCUGCGCAUUCAAGCCUGGGACGGGGACAAGUUUUAAGAGGAUGGCAUAUAACAAAUGUGGGUUCAUGGAGACUCUGAUGAUGGAGAGCUUGAGCAUGGAUAUGAUGAACUUCUCAUUUUAAUUAAGUUGUGAGAAAGGGCUGAAUGAACCAGGUAAUUCAGUUCAAAAGAAAGGCGCUGCCUAGCUUGCACAAAAAAGGUUCUGAGUUGCAAGUGCACUUUUAAUGGUCUUAAAUUUUCUUGUUUUAAGUGUAUUAUUUGCCUGUCAAAGAUGUGUAUUAUUUGGAUGAGGGUCGGUACUGCUGUUGAGGUUUUUUCACAUUAAAUGAAAUGUACUCUAGGUGUUACAUGCCCUAAAGUUGUGGGAAAUCAUGAAUAAAACUUCGUGUAUAGUUUCUUAA